GCCAGCAAUCAUCGCGAUGAAUUUCUGCAGAUGGUGAGGUACAUCUCUCGCCGCGAGAAAGUCACGCUGUACGAGGUGUUCCAGAAUGAAUGCCGUGCAGACGAGCAGCACGAACAUGUCAUUGCGCUUCACGACGGCAAGGUGGACGUAGACGUUGUCAAGGCCGCACCAAGCACAGGAAGACAGGGGCGCAAGAGUAGGUUCGACACGGUUGUUGUCUUGGAGAAUGAGCAGGCAGAAUCCACCGGGGUAUUAGGUACAUGUAUUGGACGUGUUAAAGUGAUCUUCAAAUUACCAAAUAAACUGUCAACAGUCCGCGGAAGCAGCCCUGCACCUUCAUGGUGGCCUAAAGGCCCACUGGCUUAUGUCGAAUGGUUCACGUGA